AUGGCCAAAGGGAGACGCUUCAACCCGCCCUUAGACAAGGACGGAAGAUGGUUCCCUCACAUUGGAGUGACGCAGAAGACCCCGGAGUCCAUCACCAGCGUGAUGCUCAAAGAGCCCCUCAACCCUUGUUUCUCCUGGCAAAUAGAAGAGAAGCUGCCGCCCAUCUACAAAGCCCGGGAGAAGCAAGCGGCCCACAACAACUUCCCCUUCUCCGUGCACGACAACCGGCACUGCCUCCGGAGCUCCGGAUUCUACGUGGACUCCGGCCUGGGACGGAGGAAGGUCGCCCCGGAAAAAAGGCAACACGUUUCGAGAAAUUUCAAUCUCUGGGCGUGCGACUUUGUCCCGUCUUAUCUUGACGGCUUUUCCAAUAACCAGAUAUCGUACGUCGGCCCGGAAGCGGUGGUGGUCCCGCUUUUCAGGCGCUUCCCACGGCAGUACAGUGAGGUCUGGGGCACUUGGAAGUUUAUCCCCGAGCAGAGCUACGCGGAGUUCUUGAAAAAGAAGCCGAAAGUCCGGUUCGCUAUUGACAAAAAGGCCACCCCUUCGCUGGAGCCCUUGUGCCUCCAGAAGAGCCUUGACGAGCUGAGUAAGGCGGGCCUGUCACUGGGCGUUCCGUCCAGCACGACCAGUUAACGCGAGGCUUGCCAGGGUUCGAGUGUGCGUGCCCGAAAGCCAGAGCAGACGGGCCAGUCUCCCACGGAGAGACCAGAAAGAGCCGAUUCGGUGACCACACCCCGCCUACUAAGAUCUACUUUUUUUUAUUUUUAAUGAGGUUGAAAAGCAUUCAAGCCCUUACCCAAUAAAAAUCUGUGAAGAUGUACACAUUUUAAAUGAAGGUGUUGCAAAUACAUUGAAUGCAUUUCAAAUAGGGAGUUUUAAAAGUUACAUAAUUGAGAUGUGGUUAUACUUUCACUUUGAAACGUCAAACAAUACAGAAAAAGCAGGCGUUCCCCUU